CUCCCGUAUCCACAGCACAACUUGUCUCACUGGCUUGAAGUUGGUUUAAUCUUCUCAAUGAUGUGGUCUCUCGCCCUAAUUUGCAUAAUUAGUCCACUUCUGGUAAUAGGAACACCAGUUAAGUCAGGAAAAAGCACGAGAAAUGCUGUUUCAGUUUCUCACUGCAUUACCAACCUGGGCACCUUCGCUCACGGCGCUACAUUUCCUUCUCGAAACAAUCGCUGUCUUGUCUUCAGGUGUGAAUUUGGAUACGCCAGAGUAAUCCAAGAAGGAUGUGAGCAAGACGGCGAAUGUCACGACACGGGGACAGUAUGGACGUCACGUGACUGUCACACAAAUACGUGCAUAAGGCUGGGAACAGAAGAAAACCCAGCCUUUUUAAGAAGACGAGUGGUGACCGGAUGCCAGGAUGUGUACAAGCAGUGCCGUAAACCAGGCGAAGUGUUCUCCUUACAACAGCGUGGACGUUUACAUCGGCACUGCUACUGCAGGACCAACCACGAUGUCAUCAACUAUUACUGCCUUGACUAGAAACCAAUGUUUUCAAUACUCGCCUGUUCCUUAAUUAAAUAUUAAUAACAUAUUUCACGAAUAACACGAAACCACAAUUUUUAUUCCUAAUAUAUGAUAUUCACGAUACCGAAAAACACUCUGGUAAUAACACACACACACAUACACACACGCA